UACACCCUUGGCUCCUUGAUCCAACGCUGGACGGGAAUUUUCAUUGCUUCAUUUUUGUUGUUUGAUCACUUGUCGCAUAGGAAGCGUUACUUUCCACAGUGAAACUUAUGUAGCCAAUACAAUUGUAUCACUUUCCACUGGAACUACUUAGCAGAAGAUACAAAGUAAACUUUAAACAUUUUUUUUACCACUGCUCGCGUUGGGCUCGAGUUGAUCGAGAAUGGGGGGUGUUGUUUUACACAGGCUUUUGAUCGUUCCAACAAAUCAACAGUAGAAACAAGUUUCACGCCACCAAGUCCCAUCCCGACCUUUAACCUCCAGAUAACACAUGGAUGACCUGGAUGCUGUCAGAGGACUCUCUCCCCGGCCCGCUCCUCCUCCUGAGGACUCGGUGUCCCUCUCCACGUCCUCCACAGACACCAUCAACUUAGAAGAUGGCCACUACUCUGCCCUGCGAGCGGAGCUGGAGGCUGAUGCUCAGGACUUGGAGGGAGAGUCCUGGAGUGUUGCUGUGGACCAGCAGUACAUAAACAGCCUCCACCAAGACGCUGUAAAGAGGCAAGAUGUCAUCUACGAGUUGAUCCAGACAGAGGUGCAUCAUGUGCGGACCCUGAAGCUGCUGCUGAGUGUUUACCAGUAUGAGCUGAGACACAGCCUACAUAUGGAGGAGACUAGGCUUGAGAGGAUGUUCCCCCAGAUCGACAGCCUGCUGCACAUCCACCAACACUUCCUGUGGUGUCUCAUGGACGGCCGGGACAGACACAACCACCACACUGUCACACAGCUGGGAGAUAUCCUCAUCAACCAGUUUUCAGGUGAGGUGGGGGAGAGGAUGAAGGAGAGUUACGGCGUGUUCUGUAGUCACCACACUGACGCCGUCAGCCUCUACAAGGAACAGCUACAGAACAACAAAAAGUUCCAGAACUUGAUUAUGAAAAUCGGUCGUUUGUCCAUCGUUCGGAGGUUAGGAGUACCAGAAUGCAUCCUGUUGGUGACUCAGCGGAUCACAAAGUACCCCGUCCUGGUGGAACGCAUUCUACAGAACACUGAAGCCGACAGUGAGGAGCACGGUGCCCUGGCCCAGGCCCUGGUUCUGAUCAAAGAGACCAUCUCUGCUGUGGACUCCCAGGUCCAUGACUAUGAGAGGGCCUCCAGGCUGAGAGACAUAGGCAGCAGGCUGGAGCCUCGUUCCCAUGGCCGGUGGAAGGACGGCAGGGAAUUCACCAGAGAGGAUCUGGCUGAGGGCUUCAGAACCCUGCUCCACGAGGGGACGGUCAACUGUCGGGUGGCAAACGGACGGCUCAAAGACAUCCAUGCUGUUCUGUUGUCAGAUGUCCUGCUGCUCUUACAAAAGGAAAAGGACCAGAAACUCAUAUUUGCUAAUGUGGACAACAAGACGUCGGUGAUCUCCCUCCAGAUGCUGAUCGUCAGGGAGAUGGCCCAUGAGGACAAGGCUAUGUUCCUGAUCAGUGCUUCGUCCAGCAUGCCAGAGAUGUACGAGAUACACACAUCCUCCAGAGAGGACUGCAACGCCUGGAUGAGCCUUAUACGAGACGCUGUCAACAGUUGUCCAGUAAUGGAGGAGCAGCUGAGCAAUGAGCAGGAGGAGGCCAGGCUAGCCAGGCUCAGAGACUUCCAAGAGCGUCUGUAUGUGAAGGAUUCCCAGAUCAUGCAGAGCCUGACAGAGAAGCUGCAGAUGUUUGCUGACAUGGCGGAGGCUGUAACAGGGAUAGAGGAUCUAGCUGCCCACUCAUGUCUGCUGCUCCACGGUGACGCCUCAGACCUCCAGCAGGGGGAGACACUGCUCAAGGGGGCCAUCACUGAGGUGGAGAAUCUGCAGAACCUUCUCCUGUCCGGUGUGACUGUGCGAGAUCCCCAUCCAGAGGACAGCCUGGGACCAGGGAGGUUCAGUUUGAGGCCAGAAGUGGUACGGCUUUGUCUAGGGGGGCUCGGCCUUGGGCGGCUGGGGAACCUGUCGGUGCUGAGGAGAGCGGAGACCUUUGGAGGUUACGACUGCUACCGUCCCACCCCCAUCAAGAAUGUAGAGGGACGACCCCAACGUUCAAACUCUGACCCCCAGCUACAGGACCUCGACCAAUCGGAGAGCCUGGAACUGUCGUUCUUUUACACCGUGCUGACUCUCUCACAUAGGCUCUACGGUCUGCAGGCCAUCGUCUCCCAGCAGGACAGCCACAUUGAGCUCCAGCGUGCCUCUCUUUUGGAGCGUGAGCGUCCGGGUCGCAACCGAGGCAACAUGCUCCUGGAGCAGGAGAAACAACGUAACCUGGAGAAACAGAGAGAAGAGGUGGCCAACUUCCACAAGCUGCAGACACAGCACCGCCAAAACCAGGCUCGCUGGGAGAAGGAGCGGGAGCGUCACCGGCUGCAGGCGGAGGUCCUAGAGGCGGAGUUAAGACGGAGAGAGGAGGAGUGUGGGAGACUGGAGGAGAAACUAGAGGCGGAGCGAGAGGAGCUGGAGAGACAGAGAGUGACGUACCAACAGGAUCUGGAGAGGCUGAGGGAGUCAAUGAGGACGGUGGAAAAACAGAAGGAACACCUCAAUACACAGAUGAAGUUGAAGCAGAACAAGACCAACCCUGGGAGUUUUAACUUCACAGCUCAGCAGGCUCCCCUCUCCCAGUCCUUCCGAGGGGAUCCUCCCCUCUCCCAGUCCUUCCGAGGGGAUCCUCCCCUCUCCCAGUCCUUCCGAGGGGAUCCUCCCCUCUCCCAGUCCUUCCGAGGGGAUCCUCCCCUCUCCCAGUCCUUCCGAGGGGAUCCUCCCCUCUCCCAGUCCUUCCGAGGGGAUCCUCCCCUCUCCCAGUCCUUCCGAGGGGAUCUUCCCCUCUCCCAGUCCUUCCGAGGGGAUCCUCCCCUCUCCCAGUCCUUCCGAGGGAACCUGACGGCUGAUUGGAUGAAGGGAAGAGAGGUGAUCCAGAUCCCCAAGGUCCUCGUUCCCCACAGCCUCUCUGUAGCCACCAACAUUUUCCUGGAGCAGCCCCCGGAGGUGCCCCCUCGCAGGGAGAGCAUCGGCCCCGGGCCCCUUAAACCGGAGUUCCCCAUCCACCUGAUCAGCAAAACCAACCAGGUUGUUCACAAACCAGUGGCCGUGCAACAGCAGAUACCCACCAAGCUGGCUGUCUUUGGCAACAAGGUCAAGGAGAAGAGCAGUAAGAAGAGGUCCCACCACAAGCGAAAUCACAGCGCAGCGUCCAUAGAAAUGUCUCAGGUGGUGCCGAUCAGAGUCACAGGAAAUGAGAGCCAGAGUCUGAGAGGGAAGAAGACUGUGAGCCCACAGAGAAACUACCAAUUAGAUGGUUUCUUCAGUCCUCCAGAGCCCCUGUCCAGCGCUAAGCCCUCCCAGACCCUGUCGUCCAGCAGCAGCAUGAGGAGUAAUAACCAGAGCCACAUCCCUCCACCCAAACCUCCACCCUUCCCCAAAGACAUAGCAAGCAAACCAACCAAGGAACACGUUAUCUACCUGUAAGGACACAGUGCGACACAGGGCGACACCAAAACCCUUAGCUAGGGCUCUGAAACUGGCGGCCCAUGUGCUAAAACCGGCCCACGAGUGAUUUAUAUUUGGCCCGCCAAAGCUCUGUUCACAGUAAAGAUGUGAUUAUAUAUAUCUUUUUUUUUACUGAUUGGGCUUUCUAAUUGCUGGUACUUAUUAAGUUCCUGUUGAAUUUCCACAUUUCCAAAAUUCAUUUCUAUUGUUCGGAUGAGUGUUUGUCUCAACUCUCUCUGCACUCAAGUCUUUUUCUUUUUAAGCCUUUUUAAAGAUGAUUUAAAUUCAUGUUAGGAAGCUGGUUAUUACUUUUAAUUGUUUACAGAUCUCAGGUGCCAAGCACGUUAUCUCAGAGCGCAUAAGAAACUAUUUUUAAUCCAAAUUGACCUGUUCCUCGUAUUGUAUUUCUUCAUGUCAUAGAAUGUAUGGAAGUAAAUGUUCAUUUAGCUGUGAGGUGUAAAACUCUUAUGGCCAGUUUACCAGACGAAGAUUAAGUGUAGUCCAGGACUAAAAAAGAUUCUCAAUUGAGAUUCUCCGUUUUUUUUUGUUGUUGUUUUUUGUCCAAGACCAGUCUUAAUCUGUGUUUGGGAAAUGGGCCCUUAUGGUAUGGGAAUUAUGGUGUAUUUUAACACUGAAUAAUAAUGACUACUGUACUAAAGUA